AUGGAUCAUUGGUUAAAAACUGGUAGCGUCAAAAAUCUUAAGGAGUUACCACAGGUUAGUAAUACUAAAUUUCUAGUGCCGGGAAAGAUUAGGAAAUAUUCAGAAGAAUAUUUGUGCCACGGGUUUUCGUUCAUUACGAUUGAUAAUAUAGCUAAACCUGAAUGUGUUAUCUGUGGAGAAAUACUAGCUAAUAGCAGUAUGAAACCUUCACAACUUACUCGUCAUUUGAUUACUAAACAUUCAGAUUUAAAGGACAAAGAUGUCACUUUUUUCAAACGUUUAAUUGAAAAUAAAAAUAAGUAUGCAGUUCAUUGUAUGUUCGGAGAAAAAUAUGUCCAUAAAAUAAAUGGUAUCCCACUAUCAAAUGACACAGUCAGUCGUAGAAUCAAAGACAUUUCUUAUGAUAUUGAGGAGACAAUACUAAAAGACAUCAAUAACAGUGAAUUGUUUUCCAUUCAAGUUGACGAGAGUACUGGUGUAGCACAAUUAGCUGUUUUGUUAGUUAUUGCAAGAUAUAUAAAAAAAAAUGAAAGCGUAGAAGGUCUUUUGCUCUGCCAUCCUCUGACUGGACGCACAACAGGUGCAGAUAUUUUUCAUGCUAUUGAUUCUUACUUCGCCGAAAAAAAAAUAAAGUGGUCACAAUGCUGUGGUUUAAGUACUGAUGGUGGAAAGUCUAUGGCAGGUUGUUACUCUGGUCUUAAGUCUCGUGUUAAGGCAGUAUCCCCACUAAUAAAGUGGACUCAUUGUUGUAUCCAUCGGCAAGCUCUUGCAUCGAAACCUCUUCCUGCAGAUUUGAAGGACGUUCUGGACGAUUCUUGUAAAGUGGUCAAUUUCUUCAAGUCUCGCCACACAAACUCCAGAAUAUUUUCAUUUUUGUGUGAAGACAUGGGAAGUCUUCACAAAACCCUCCUUCUUCAUACUGAGGUUCGAUGGUUAUCACGAGGUAAAGUCCUUACUCGUUUGUUUGAACUUAGGCAUGAAGUUCAAAUGUUUUUUGAAGACCUCCCUUUUCGACUGUCAUCAAAAUUUAACGACCAUGAAUGGCUUCAAAAACUAGCUUACUUAUCCAAUGUUUUUUUGAAAUUUAACAAUCUAAAUUUGACUCUUCGAAACAGUGCAGUGACAAUAUUCCAAGUUAAUGACAAAAUAGAAUCUUUUGUUAAAAAGUUUUGGAAAACGUGUAUUGAGAAUAACCAACCAGAAAUUUUUGAAGCACUGCAUGAUUUUCUCUGUGAAACUGAUAUGAACUUAUCACAAGGCAUCAAACACCAAAUUGUUCAACAUUAG